GUCUGCAUCAUGCUCUCCUUCGCCAGCACCUCGCAGAGGGACACGCAGGUGUCGUUCAGUUCUCAGUGCGAUCGAGAAUCAUACUGAGAAUGUGUCUGCAUCAUGCUCUCCUUCGCCAGCACCUCGCAGAGGGACACGCAGGUGUCGUUCAGUUCUCAGUGCGAUCGAGAAUCAUACUGAAUGUGACAAUGAACACGUCCAUCCACCAGUUCCGAAGAGAGCCAAGGCAAACAAGCAGGCAAGCAACAGGCAGUCCACUCUAUCAUGGAAAACAGAGACUGAUGUUGACAUGGUUCCACAGACACUGCGAUUCCUUCCUGCACGGGAAACUGGACUGCAACUGAGCUCUGUAGACUCGCAUUCGCCCAUGAGUCUAUUCAAACUAUUUUUUUCAGAAAGUGCUGUGUCAACUCUGUGCCACAACACCAAUGCCCAGGCUGCCAAGGCAACUGCAAAGGGCUGCAAAUACAAAUGGACAGAUGUCAACAUCAGUGAGAUGUACCGCUACAUUGGGCUGCUGUUUUACAUGGCAAUGGUGAAGGUCAGCUCCAUCAGAGACUACUGGCGGCAAAGCAGGGUUUUCUCCGUACCCUUUCCAGCCACAGUUAUGUCCAGGGACAGAUACCGCACCAUUUCAUGGAAUGUGCACAUGAGUCACCCAGAUGCAGAUAAGGAGAAUGACAGGAAGAGGGGCACACCUGAACAUGACCGUCUUUUCAGGAUCAAACCUCUCAUGGACACCAUUCGUCAUGCUUGUAAAGCCAUCUAUCAUCCUAAAAGAAACUUAGCUGUGGAUGAAAGAAUGGUGGCAUGCAAAGCACACACAGGUAUGACACAGUACAUGAAAGCCAAGCCAACCAGGUGGGGUUUCAAGUUGUUUGUUCUUGCAGACUCAUCGAAUGGAUUCACUGUGGACUUUUCUGUAUACACAGGAAAGAACACCUUUCCCACAGGCCAUGGACUGUCAUAUGAUGCUGUAACAUCUCUUUUAGACCACACAUUUUUGGGUUCUGGGUACCAUGUGUACAUGGACAAUUUUUAUACAAGUCCAAAGCUCCUAAAAGACAUGUUUGCAGUGAAGUUUGGUGCAUGUGGGACUUACAGGGACAACAGGAAGGACUGCCCUCGGAAUGCAGCUAAUUCACUCGCUAAAAAAUCUGCCAGGGGAUCCAUCAGGUGGAUUCGGGAUGGACCUCUUGUAUUUGUGAAGUGGAUGGACACACGAGAGGUAUCUGUCUGUUCUACCAUCCAUCCUGCUUAUACGCGAGACACUGCACAGAGGAGGGUGAAAACACAGGAUACAUGGAGGACAAAGACAUUUCCAUGUCCUGCACCUGUGACUGCAUACAACAAACAUAUGGGUGGUGUUGACCUGUCUGAUCAGCUGUUACAGUACUACACAACACAGCACAAAACCAUGAAGUGGUACAGAACGAUUUUUCUACACUUCUUGGACAUUGCUUCCACCAACUCUUUCAUUGUGCACAAAGAGCUACAUGGUAACUUGUCUCAUAAAGAGUUUAUGGAGCAACUUAUCACAGACCUCUGUGGUGUGUCACAGAAAACGGCACCAAAACGGACCAAUAGUACCGGUUCCAGGAGCUGA